AUGGUAAGAGGUAUUGUGGCUCAUGGUUGGGUGGCCAUCGUUGAUCUAGCUGACGAUGAUGUCACCAUAACUCUCAUGGAUCCUUACAGAAAAGCUGUGGCACCCAUUAACGUCCCUAGGUUGGAUUAUGAGCACCUAAACCCUGAUCCAGAAAGCUACUUGGAAUCAUAUCAAUAUGAGGGAGGACAAGAGUACAGGACUGGUCUUAAUAAGAAAUUGAGGUGCAUUUCUGAUGUUAUAUUUUAUAAAAGCCAAGUCUACACAAUGGGACGACGGGGAAGGAAUAUGCCCUACGAUAUUAAGGGCAGUAAUAACCGUUCACGGCUGCCAAAAGCGAAGCUGCUUACACGUAAUUCUCUGUUUGAAAAUUCUGAUAUUAAGGAUGUAAACCGAGUAUCCUUCUUGUAUAGAUGA